CUUUGCUCUUCCACAAUGAUCACGCUGCUCACGGUUUGUAUGCUGCUGGUCCCCUCUGUUGGGGGCCAUGCUCUGGACACCCCAAAUCCCCAGGAAUUUCCUCCAGGACUGUCGAAAAAUAUCAAUAUCACGUUUUUCAAUGGCGUGUUUAAAAAUGUGGAAAGUGUGGCUGAAAUUUUUGACUGCCUAGGCUCACACUUCACCUGGCUGCAGGCUGUCUUCACCAACUUUCCUCUGCUGCUCCAGUUUGUGAACAGUAUGAGGUGUGUGACUGGCCUCUGCCCCCGCGACUUCGAAGACUAUGGCUGUGCCUGCAGGUUUGAGAUGGAAGGGCUGCCUGUGGAUGAGUCUGAUAGCUGCUGCUUCCAGCAUCGUAGGUGCUAUGAGGAGGCCAUUGAGAUGGACUGUGUCCAGGACCCUGCCAAGCUCAGUGCAGAUGUGGACUGCAUCAACAAACAGAUCACAUGUGAGUCUGAGGAUCCAUGCGAGCGCCUACUGUGUACCUGUGACAAGGUUGCUGUGGAGUGCUUGGCUCGGUCUGGUAUCAACUCUUCCCUGAAUCUUCUGGAUGCUUCCUUCUGCCUGGCUCAAACUCCAGAGACAACUAAUACGAAAACCCCAGUGACACUGCCAUCUAGAGGGGUUCCAGAGAAGCCCACAGACACCAGUCAGAUAGCCCUCUCAGGAGAAGUGGCUGGUGAGAUGAGAGCCGACAGACUGACAACACUCUCCAGGACAAGACCGUGGCCAUGUGUCCACCUGCAAACGUCUCCGAGUGACUCUAACUCUGAACAAUCAAGUUAUGUGUUUUCAGGAUCUGCAGAGAUCAUUGCCAUAGCUGAAGGUGCAACCCACGUCCCUGCUGGCAUUAAAUCAUUGAGGUUGGAAGUAUCACCUGCUGGCAAUGGUUCUCAGGAGACAACCGGAAAAGUCUGUGACAGACUGGCCUUCCUGCAUCUGGGUGAUGGGGAUCGCAUGCAGGCCCUGCUGCAGCUUGGAGAGAUGCUCUUCUGUCUAACGUCCCGCUGCCCGGAGGAAUUUGAAUCUUAUGGCUGCUACUGUGGAAGAGAAGGAAGAGGCGAGCCAAGGGAUAGCCUGGACAGGUGCUGUUUGUCCCAUCACUGCUGUUUGGAGCAGGUGAGACCACUGGGCUGCCUGCAUGGGAGUCGUUCUCGGUCGUCUGUGGUAUGUGAGGACCACACACCCAAGUGUGUGGGGCAGAGCCUCUGUGAGAAGCUACUGUGUGCCUGUGACCAGAUGGCAGCCGAGUGCAUGGCCUCUGCCUCCUUUAAUCAAAGCCUUAAGUCACCAGACCUACGAGAGUGCCAGGGCAAACCUGUAUCCUGUGAGGAUGGCAUGCUCGGGGGAACCUUGGCCUCUUCUGCCGGCUCCAGUUCUGAGGAGAAUAGUGAGGAGGCCACAGCCUAG